UAUAUAACAGGUGGAUCUGCUCUCUGCACGCAGCAUACAUGCUUUACUGUGGGCGUUUCGGAGCGCAGAGCGGAUAAUGGACAGGAGCUCUCCGUCUGAUGGCCAGAUAAAUGUUGCUGUUGAACGGGAUGAGCGGUAAAAUGCUGCCGUGGAAGAAGAACAAGUUCGACCUGAUCGAGGAAGACAAGCAGUCCAAGCAGAAGGGCUAUGCGGUGAGCCUCAACUACUCCGCGCUCACCUCCUUCGCCAAGUCCUGCCCGGAGAGCGCGCUCAACCGGGUGGGCAGCAUGUUCAAGUCCAAGCGGAAAAAGCUGAAGAUCACCAGCGAGGACCCCACGUACACGGUGCUCUACCUGGGCAACGCCACCACCAUCCAGUCCAAGGGGGACGGCUGCACGGACGUGGCGGUGAGCAAGAUCUGGAACAAGAGCGAGUUGGGCAAGAACGGCACCAAGAUGCGGCUGACCGUCAGCGCGCAGGGCAUCCGGAUGGUGCAUGUGGACGAGAAAGCGCGGAGGCCCGGACACCUGUACCUGCUGCACCGGAUCACCUACUGCGUGGCGGACCCGCGGUACCCAAAGGUCUUCGCGUGGAUUUACCGGCACGAGAUGAAGCACAAGGCGGUGAUGCUGCGCUGCCACGCCGUGCUGGUGUCCAAGCCGGAGAAGGCGAAGGCCAUGGCGCUGCUGCUGUACCAGACCUCCGCCACGGCCCUGGCCGAGUUCAAGAGGCUGAAGCGGAGGGACGACGCGCGGCACCAGCAGCAGCAGCUCAUCGGCGAGCAGACCAUCCCGCUGGUGCCGCUCAGGAAGCUGCUCAACGGACAGUGCUGCUACAAGCCGCCGGUGGAGCGCAGCCGCAGCGCCCCCAAGCUGGGCUCCAUCACCGAGGACCUGGUGGGGGAGGAGGAGGAGGAGAAGGCGAUGCACUUCGAGUGCGAGGACGUGUUGGACUCGGACUGCGUUAACGAGAAGCACGAGUUGACGCAGCUCAUCAGUGACUUGGGGGAGAUGAGCAUAGGGAACGACCUGCAGACUCUAAAAGCUGACCUCCGGGUCACCAGGCUGCUCUCCGGGGAGAGCACGGGGAGCGAGUCCUCCAUAGAGGGCAGCCAAGAGCAGCCCCCACUCAGCAACGGGCUGGGGGAGGUCAGGGUGCUGGAAGUAGCCUGAAUGACUAUUGUCUGUGCCUCCUAGCAGUGGCUUUGUUUUGUUCAGCCACUUUGUCUCCAAGAGCAACAUUGGUAGAGAUGCACCCGUCGGGCCUUGCGCCACUUUUCCCAUUUUUGGCUGAUUCCAAAAGCGGUGCUCCAGGUUUGUGUUUUUUUAGAGGUAGGAGGUUUAAAUCCAGGGAAAGUUGAAGAAUUAUGCGCAUUGUUAUAUGCAAGCAUUUGAUAAACUCUCUCUGAUUCUCAUUAAACUCCAGAAAGUGCAUCCUUUUUUGAGAUGUCGCUCGAAGCCUUCACAGACCUUCAUGGUGGGAGUGGAUGGUUUUGAUGCGUUCACGGUGCCAGUGACCGAUCACAGAAUCGAUCGGUGCAUCUCUAAACACUUGCGCUCUGUGUUGGGGAGCGUUUGUCUGAUAUGUGCCUCUACAACUAAAAAGAGAGAAGCUCUCUGUGGGUUUUUGGGACUACUGCCACACACACAGGGACUCUAAGAUGUCACAAACACAGAAACGGUGUGGGGGGGGGGGGGGGGGGGUGCAUGCACACCUGAGAGAUAACCCCCAGCCUGUCUGGGGACGCCUGCUGUAAAACUGCCUCUUUUUGUUUAAGAGGAUUCGUUGUAGCGUCGGGCUCGCUCACUUAAAGUUUAUUUCUCACUUGAAACAACUUUGUGAUCCCAAAAAACAAAACAAGGAAAAAAACAUCAUUAAUUAUUAUUAUUUUUAUUUUAAAUUAAAAGCACCUUUGCUUGUUCAGAGCUCCAGUGGGUCUGGAUGAGUGCCUCCUCAUUUUCCUGUCAGGGCACAUCUGUGACAUCCUGCUUUAUUUUUGCACUGUUGUGUUCACAACCAUGUACAUAAUGUAUGCCAGUAUGUUGUCUCAGACAUAAAUGUCAUAUCUUUGCUGUGCAAAAGAGUAAGUGAGAAAAAAAAAAUAAACCCCUAAACAUUUAUGUACUAAGUUGUAAAAGAUGUUUUAGCUAUAAAAAUGUUUUUUAAAAAAAUAUCUGAAAUGUGGUUUGAUAUGUGAACCUCAUGGAAUUCUCAAUAAAAAAGAAAACAUUAA